GGUACCUUCAGCUCAACGGCGACCCGACACGACCGAAGACGGUCGGCUUUUGAGGUUGAAAAGAAAAUAUAAGAGUUCCUGUGGACGAGCUUACCUGCGAAACGUCACGGCGCAUAGGUGGCCGUCGGCGCGGCUGCAACAGCAUGGUGCUGGGAAGAGCGUGGCUGUCGUCUGGCCCGCCGCUGCCGCUGCUGCUGCUGAUGCUGCUGCUGGUCCCACCGGCCCUCGGUCAGCACUCGGUACUGCUGGACGGUGACCUGGUGCUCGGCGGCCUGUUCCCCGUGCACGAGAAGGGUGACGGCACGCCGUGCAGCGCCAAACUGUAUAACCGCGGCCUGCAGCGGCUCGAGGCCAUGCUGUUCGCCGUGGACCGCAUCAACAGCGACCGCCGCCUGCUGCCGCACACCACCAUCGGCGUCAACAUCCUGGACACGUGUAGCACCGACACGUACGCGCUCAACCAGUCGCUGGCCUUCAUCAAGGCGCCACUGGACGUCAUGGACACGGUGGCCUUCGAGUGCGCCGACCGGUCCACGCCUCGGCCCAAAUAUCGCUCAAAGGCGGUUAGUGGAGUGGUUGGCGGCUCCUAUAGUACCAUCUCCAUCAACGUCGCCAACCUGUUUAGACUGUUCCGUAUCCCACAAAUUUCGCCAGCUUCCACCGCUCAGGCGCUAAGCGAUAAAUCACGGUUCGAAUUUUUCGCGAGGACAGUGCCACCAGACACUUUUCAGGCCACGGCACUAGUGGACAUGGUGCAGUUGUUCAACUGGUCCUACGUUAGCACAAUCGCAUCCGAGGGCUCCUAUGGAGAAAGCGGCAUGGACGCGUUCCACCGCCAGGCUGCCGAGAGGAACAUCUGCAUAGCGGUGGCGGAAAAGGUGCCGCGGGACGCUACGGCCAAAACCUUCGAGAACAUCAUCAUGAGCCUGCAGAAGAAACCGAUGGCGCGGGGUGUGAUCCUAUUCGUCAGAGCCGAAGAUGCAAGGGGCGUGCUGGAGGCGGCGAAGCGCCUGCGGCUGCGCGAGCCGUUCCACUGGAUCGCCAGCGACGGCUGGGGCAAGCAGGAGAGCCUGGUGCAGGGCGUCGAGGAGGUGGCCGAGGGCGCCAUCACCGUGGAGCUGACGUCGCGCCGGGUGGCCGCCUUCGACCGCUACAUGGCCGAGCUGACGCCCGACACGAACCGGCGCAACCCGUGGUUCCGCGACUACUGGCAGGCGUUCUUCGGCUGCUCGCUGGCGCCGGACGCGGCCGAGGACACCGCCUGCGACCCGGCGCUGCGGCUGCGUCCAGAGACCGGCUUCGUCCAGGAGUCCAAGGUGCAGUUUGUCAUUGACGCCGUCUACGCGUUCGCGCAUGCCCUCGAGGUCCUUCAGCUCGAUGUCUGCGGAAGCAAUCGCUAUGUUUGCGCGAAUAUGAGGAGGUACGACGGAGGCGAUUUCUACAAGAAGUAUCUACUAAACGUCUCAUUCACAGAUAUUGCUGGUAGCAAGGUUCAAUUUGACGCACGAGGUGAUGGUCUGGCGCGGUACACCAUUUUCAACUUCCAGCGUGUGGCCAACGGUCAGCACCAGUACAAAGUGAUCGGUCAGUGGGGGCAGGGUGAGCUCAACAUGAGUCGCGGCGAAGUGCAGUGGAACGGAGGCACAGACCCCGACCGGCCACCACCGAGACCGUCCCAGUCACCGUCCGACGGCCGAGACCUGACCCCGCUGACCCCUACUGACCCAGACGGUGACCUCUGGGUGACCGAUCUGACCCCGGCCGAGGUCAGCGUACCGCUGUCGGUCUGCGCCCUGCCCUGCGGCGUGGGAGAGGUCAAACUGAUGCAGCAG